CAGUAAAUACGCAUGAUCAGAAUCAUCCGAAUCGCUAGGGAGUGCUGACUGAGUGGGUGACCUUUCUUGUCCUUAAAACAUCAGUUUAUCACGAACUGCUGGAUAGCUUGUUUAGUGGUCAGUUGUCAGCGCUUCUCGAUUUUCUGUUCACAAGUCGAUCCGUCGAUUUCCAUUUCUGCUUCCGUACGUCUAUCAGGGAAACGAAGACAGAGCCUGCCAAAAUGGUUUGGAUCACCGUCGACGAUCAGAUGGCUGGCAAACCAAACACGCAUGGAUUAUACGCUCAAAGUCAAUUGGACCAUAUGUGCGCUCUGGAUAUCGACAGCCGAGUAUCCUUCGUUCGUUUGUCUGGAAUCAUUUGCACGAUCGGUCCUGCAUCCAGUUCUGUGGAGACCUUAGAGAAGAUGAUUGAGACAGGGAUGAACAUUGCUCGGUUGAACUUUUCUCAUGGAUCCCACGAAUAUCACGCCGAGACCAUCGCUAAUGUCCGCCAGGCGCAAAAGAAUUUGACUGCUCGUGCUGGUAUCAACAUUCCUGUUGCUAUCGCUCUUGACACAAAGGGUCCUGAAAUCCGUACUGGUCUUUUAGAAGGCGGCGGUUCGGCUGAAAUUGCAUUGAAUAAAGGCCAGACUUUUAAACUAUCCACCGACAAGGCGUACAUGGAGAAAGGAAAUGCUCAGGUUGUUUAUGUUGACUACGAAAAUAUUUCAAAGGUAUUAAAGGCGGGGAAUCGUGUGUUCGUGGAUGAUGGUUUAAUUUCUCUCAUUGUUUCUGCUGUCAGUAA